CUAACACAAAUGCUAAGCAUAUGGAGGCGUUUCCAUCAUGAAAUUUAGACUGCAGCACAUUAUCCAUCACAUCAACACCUAUAAAAUACCAAGCGAUCACCAUUGUCUUUUAGUCACCACUUGCCACCUUCGUCUGAUCUCUCAAUCUCAAAAACACGCUUCUGUCGAAUGGGAAAUUUCAUUUUACUAAACAUUGAACAUCUGUUUCCUGCCUUCUUCAUCAUCCUAAUUCCUUGUUUCUUUGAUGGUGUAAUUUGCACAGACUCAGAAAGCUCAUCAAUCUUACCUCCUUUAAUCCCCCUUCCCCCAUUACCUCCUUUAGUCCCCCUUCCCCCGUUACCUCCAUUAAUCCCCCAACUUCUGAACUUCGCAGACCAAAGACUAGCUCUUGUUUACCCUAUAAUCAUGACCUUUAGGAACAUGAUCAUUUCUGACCCAUUAGGCAUCACUCAAACCUGGGUUGGCUCCGACAUAUGCAACUACAAGGGUUUCUACUGUGAUAACCCUCCAGACAAUAAAAGCGCCACUACACUUGCCUCCAUAGAUUUCAAUGGCUUCCAGCUCAGUGCUCCCACUCUUGACGGCUUCAUCGAUCAACUUCCUGACCUAGCACUUUUUCAUGCUAACUCCAAUAAUUUCUCAGGUAUCGUUUCUCCAAAAAUUGCAAAUCUCCAAUACCUCUAUGAGCUUGACAUAAGCAACAACAACUUCUCUGGCCCUUUUCCUACUGCUGUUCUCACCAUGAAUAGUCUAUCAUUCUUGGACAUCCGCUACAAUUCCUUCACUGGGUCCGUACCACCCCAAAUUUUCAAGCAAACCCUAGACGUCCUUUUCAUUAAUAACAACAAUUUCAUACAAAAACUCCCGGACAACCUUGGAGCUACACGAGCCCUUUAUCUCACUUUAGCCAACAACAGAUUCACCGGCCCAAUCCCAAAAAGCAUCGGCAGCGCUUCAUCAUCGUUGAAAGAAGUACUAUUAUUGAACAAUUUGAUCACAGGUUGCAUCCCUUAUGAACUAGGGUUUUUAAGAGAUGCAACACUUUUUGAUGCCGGAAACAACCUAUUGACCGGCCCGCUACCCUGUUCAUUGGGAUGCUUGGACAAGAUGGAGGAACUUAAUUUUGCCGGAAACUUACUGUACGGAAAGGUGCCGGAGGUGGUGUGCGAACUAGGAAAUUUGGUCAAUUUAUCGCUGUCCAACAACUAUUUCACGUCGGUCGGGCCUAUUUGUAGGCAGCUGAUAAAAAAUGGGGUUCUUGACUUGAGGAAGAACUGUAUUCAGCAUCUUGCUGAUCAAAGAUCAGUGGAGGAGUGUGCCUUGUUUUUCGUGAAGCCUAGAAGUUGCCCGGACCCGUCGACGUUUAGUUUACUGCCUUGUAAGGUUCCACCAAAAUCGAAGGGGCAUUUGGUGUCUGAUAAUGCUGCUUUUUCGAAGCAUAGAUUGUGACUUGUGAGGAUUUGGUAUUGGCUUAUAGCUAUAUGGUUAAGGACUCAAGUAUAUAUCGAUGCAAAUAUUUA